AUUCAAUACACGUUUCUCGGAAUGUGUCCGCCAUUUUUGGCAGAAAUUGCAACCCACUAGCUAUUAAAAAAACUUUUCAAGAAUCUACAUGUAAUGGUUAAAUGAAAGUAUGCAUGUCAUCCAAACAUCUUCAUUUUUUUCUAGGUGCGUGUUAUUGCUAGCACUGGAACGGAACUUGAACGCAUCAGAGCCAGACUGUUGUCAAGAGAAACGUCGCUAACCUUACCACACGGCUGAUAGCUUGGAAGUGAAGAUAAGUUUGGGUAUAUAUUUGUCUGGCAACAUUGUCUCUGCGACAGUCGGAAAAUGCUGGGGUAUAUCUGGCAGUAUGUCUACACAUCCUUCCUGAGAUACUGGCUGAAGUGGCUCAUCAGACAGGCCACAGGGAAAUGUGAGCUGCAGAGAAUAUGCUCCGGAUACAAGCCUGGGGCAGCAAGGACAACGAAAGCAGAAUACUCUCUCCGAUCAUCAAAGAACAAGGUUUUAAGAGGAGCUUUGGAAACCAACAAGGAUAAAUUAGAUCACUGUGUGGAUCAAAUUAUGAAAGUGAAGAAUGUCAAACCCCAGAAAGAUCCACUGUUUAAGGAAAGCCUACACAUCUGUCUGUUACAGAUUACAGGACACAGCAGCCUGUAUACAUCUGUGGAAGACUUGAGAAAGGAAGUCUUCAACUCGGAGAACCAAGAACACGAGGCCAUGUUGUUGAAGUUGUGGGACCUGUUGAUGCCAACACUCAAACUGGAGUCCAGGAUAACCAAACAAUGGGGAGACAUUGGAUUCCAAGGAGAUGACCCCAAGACUGACUUCAGAGGAAUGGGCAUGCUGGGCCUAUUCAACCUUGUUUUUUUCAGUGAAAACUACACAGAGGAGGCUCGUCAGGUGUUGUCUCACGCAAACCAUCCUAAACUAGGGUAUUCGUAUGCCAUAGUUGGGAUCAACUUGACAGAGAUGGCCUACAGCCUCCUGAAGAGUGGUGCUUUGAAACCCCAUUUCUACAAUACAGUACUGGGCACACCUGAGCUCCGGCACUUUCAUCAGCUAUACUGUUAUCUGGCAUAUGAAUUUGAUAAAUUCUGGGUGGCAGAAGAACCAGAAAGCAUCAUGCAGUUCAAUCAGUACCGAGAAAAAUUCCAUAGCAUAGUCAAGACACAUCUACAGGACCCCAAUGUAUCCCUCACAUUGACGGUCCGUUCUAAAAACUAAAAUUAUUCAGAAAUAUUCCCAGUGACCUCUCCAUGGCUCCUGACAUUGUUUGAUCAGGUAGAAGAAGGCAAGAAGCAUGAGCAUUGCUGAACAUUAAAAACAUUGUCGGUCACUUAUAUUCCUCAAAAAUUCUAACAAAUAAAUCCUCUAUAUUUGGCUUUGUGAUUCAUUAGUCAUGCUCUGUUCAUCUCAUCACAGUAGGGUUUUAAAAUAGAGCACAAAUCUAACACCCUAUACCUCAAAAAUGAGCAUUCCAGGGUUAAAAAAGGGGAAACGAGAGCUGCUGCUGCGUGAUAAUAGGUCUUUCUUUUGUAAGGGUUAAAGCACUUUUAGUGAGCAAGCAGCCAAAUUGUUGCAGUUAUUGAAAAAUGGUGAUUAACUACCAUGUUUCUAGCUGCCUUGUUUGUAUUUAUGUAAACAAGACUUAUGUGUUCUCACAGUUGUCCCGCUCAGGAAUUUGAUUUUUAUUAUCCGGAGACCGUGGCUAAAACUUCAUGUAAGGAAAAAAUGUGUGCACAUUUUAAUGUGUCCCCAUUGAUGUCAUCUGUAUUCUGUUAUAUAGGUGAUAAAAUGGUUGUUUGCCUCCAUUUUCAUAACUUUGUAUGUCUGAAGACUGAUACUGCAUUUUUACCUUUUAUUUUAUUUUUAUGGAGUGAUUUGCUUUUGAGGAAGGUAUGUAAUGAUUAACACAUCUUACUCAAAGUUAAUAAAUACACAUUGAUGUUUUGAAA